GUGCAACCAAUUGAUCAAUCCAUACUUUCAAUAUUGAGAACAAAACAUGAUGUAUAUCAUUCAGUUGUGUCAACCAGUCCUCUGGUCCAUCUGGAACAUUCUUCAUCUCUGCCAUUCAACAGAUCUGUCACUGUUGUUCUGCCUUGCCCUCCAAAUCAAGAAAAAAGAAGAGAGGGCAUGGAGACAGAUCCUGGGAGAGCAACGAGUGCUUCUGUUCCCAGAGUUACAAGUAUUCAUUAUUUCCGAGGUCUGAGUGCUUCCCCAAGAAAACCCAGGGAGAACCUCAAGGAACCUUUGAAAGUAGUGGGCUACAGGAACAGUGAAGAAGGAUGGGUUCUGUUGGAUGACACUGCAGUGCGAAAUGCCAGCAACGGUCUUGUGUCAUUUGAAUUAGAUGAACCCUUAGAGAGAUUUAUUAUUGUUCGCCUAUCUUCUGCUAUGGACAACACACAUCUCGUUCAGUUUAUUCAGAAUCUGGAAAAUUCCAUCCACAACAUUAUGGUGAAAGUAGUACUAUGCCAGAAUAAAGAAGACUGUUACAAGAUCACUGUCUUACUGGUUCCAUCCAAGGAAUUAAAUGUGGAGCUUCAAUGUCUACAUGAGGAGGGAUAUUCUGGCCCUCCAGAGCCUUCUAAGCCAUUUAAAAUGAGAGGAGAGCAGAUUUACUUUAGAUUCAGUGGAAAUAUUUUUGCUUCAG